GUCAAUGUUGGUUUUACGUCGUGAGGCUCGUGUGCUAAGGUCAAUUGAAGGUCAGACCGCGAUACAUAUGUUGCAAAGUUGGUUAUGAGGCUGACAUAGGAUACUGACUGUUUGAUAAUAUUUUCAGUUGUUUUGAAAUUAUUAAGCAUCAACCCUAAAUCAGGUCUUCAUUACCUCGCAUGCUGCAAGUUGGACGGAUCUAUAUUUUGGAUAUAUGAAAAUGGCUGUUAAUUGUAAGACCGCUAGUCACGAACCGAGUACCGACGGAGAUAUCCAAUCCACUACAUCUCGAAAUGAUGACCAUGCUAAUCAGCCACGAGAUCCCCAUACAAUAGGGAAAAAAAUAAAUGAGUACCAGGCACUCAUGAGUUUAAUCAAGGGUAAUAUUGGCACUGGGAUACUUUCUAUGCCAGUUGUUCUGAGAUAUGCUGGUCUGUGGGUAAAUUUGUAUUUGUAUUUUUCUUAUUUUCAAGACUGGGUUUACUAUGAUUAUAGUAUCAGGGAUUUUGUCAACUUACUUAAUGCAUGUUCUUUUGAGAACUGCCAAUGCAGUUCAGCAAAGACAUAAUUGGGAUAGAUCAAAAAUGGAUUAUGCCGAGACCGCAUUUCUAGUGCUCAAAUAUGGUCCAGAAAGAUUAAGAAAGCCCAAAGGAAAGUUGAAACAUACGGUCAAUGGAUUUUUGAUUUUGACACAAGUUGGGUCUUGUUGUGUUUACACCCUAUUUAUCACGGAAAAUAUUCGAUACUUUUUAAUGUCCUUCUUUCCACAUCUAACUCUCAAUGUGUAUCUAGUGGGAUUUAUUGUUUGUCUAAUACUAAUUCUAAUGAAUUUUAAAAGUAGUAUGCGUGUAGUCACCUAUUUAUCCGGUUUGGCUAAUAUAUGCACUGCAAUUGGUAUGAUAUUAAUAUUCAUCUAUUUAUUCACAUCUGGAUUACAUUCAAUAUAUGAAUUUCCGGUUAUUACCAAUUUCAAUGGUCUACUAAUUGCAUUUAGUAUUGUCAUGUUUUCAUUUGAAGGAAUUAGUCUGGUAUUACCUAUUCAAAGUAAAAUGAUUGAUCCUACUGGAUAUGGUUUACCAUUUGGUGUUUUAACUACUGGCAUGAUUAUUGUUAUCUGUAUGAAUGUAGCUGUUGGAUUUUAUGGGUUUUUAAAAUUUGGUGAAGAAUCUGAAGGAAGUAUCACGUUAAAUAUACCGCAAGUGCCUUAUUGGUUUGCUCCAGUUAAACCAUUGUUUAUCAUAGCAAUGUUUGUUAGUUAUUUAUUACAAUAUUAUGUACCAGCACAAAUAUUCAGUCGAUUAAUGGAGAAAUUAACGUGUCAUCAUGAAGCAUCGGGUCGUCGACGAUAUAUUAAUUUGAAAUUAAUGCGAAUUAGUCUGGUUAUAUUCUCAUAUGCAGCAGCUGUUUUAAUUCCUCGAUUAGAUUUAUUAUUAUCAUUGAUUGGAUCAUUGGCUGGAUCAACACUUGCUUUUAUAUUACCUGCUACUUUAGAAAUAAUUUUCUUAUGGCCUGAUCGUCAACAAAUCUCAUGGUUUUGGUUAACAGUAUUUACUAAACAUAUCAUCUUUAUAUCCAUUGGUCUUUUAAGUUGUUUCGGUGGUUUAAUUGCUACAAUUAUACAAAUUAUUGAAGCAUUCCACUCUAAAUAAUCCUAAUUAAAAUUGAUUAUGUAUGUAUUCUAUUGUAAAUCACCAACAUCUUAUACACACAAUCGUUGGUAUUGCCUCUGUUAAUCAAUUAGACAGAGCAUAAUAUUCAUUCUUUAAAUACUCAAUUAUAUCCGUCUAUUUUUUAUGCCUACACGAUAUCAGCUCAUUGUAUCAGUCAAUCACUGAUUCGGAUUACUUUCUUAAUUUCUAAUUUAUUAAACUAUUGAUCAUUUCAAUCAUAUUUUGUAUUUACCCCUCUUUUACAUAAUGUAAAUUUAAGUAGUAGUUUUUUCUCUUUCAAGACAACAUUCUUAAACCUGUUUCAACCGAUGAUAUUAGAACACAAUUGUUUUCUUUUCCAUUUACUAAAAUCUAAACUAAUUUUUGUAUUGAUGUAUAAAUUAUUUUAUUAUAUCAUAGAUAUAACAUUCAGGUAUGUGUUAUUCAAUCAGUUACUUUGAUUAAAGUAUAUUUUCGGAAUGGGU